UUAAAUAAUAAGCAUUAAUCUUCUCUUCAUAAAAACAAGUUUACUAAUUUAGUAUCAUAAAAACAUUUUUUUUUCAAAAGCCAUGUCCAAGUGGGCACCAGUUAAAAUAGGACAGGGAUGAUUGUUACACUUUCAAUUUGUGGAACAUUUUUCUUCCUUAAACAUUGCAGAGCUUUUAUGCAAACAUAAUUAUUAAAGUGCAUAUGUCAUUGGUUCCAAACUUAAUAUCUGAAUUUUCUGUGAGAAAAACAAGGAAUUCUUUUCAUUUGGAUCCUGACUCAGCACUUAUAUCCCUUUUACUUUUAGUCACUGUGUUUCUGCUUACAGUAUGUGAAAUACUCUCACCAGAACAAAGGUCCCAGCGUCAAUAAGUCAAACCGCAGACUCUGACAGCUGAGUGAAUAGUGCAGAGGCCAGAGUCCACUUGAAGUGUUCACACUCUCAGAGGCCAAGUUUAGAUCUUAUCUGCCUGAGAUUCUUUUUGACACUGAUUUGUCAUAGCAGGUAGCUGACAGCAUUUACUCCUGAAGACCGGAAACAUGGCUUGUACCAUCCAAAAGGCAGAAGCACUUGACGGGGCUCGUUUGAUGCAGAUCCUCUGGCAUGAUGAGGAAGAGUCUCUCUACCCAGCUGUAUGGCUGAGAGACAACUGCCCAUGCUCUCAUUGCUACCUGGAUUCUGCAAAAGCACGGAAACUUCUAGUCGAAGCUCUUGAUGUGAACAUUGGAAUUAAAGGCUUGACAUUUGACAGAAAAAAGGUGUACAUCACAUGGCCCGAUGAGCAUCACAGUGAAUUCCAGGCUGAUUGGCUGAAGAAAAGAUGCUUUUCCAAGCAGGCCAGAGCAAAGCUCCAAAGAGAAUUGUUUUUUCCAGAAUGCCAAUACUGGGGCUCAGAGCUCCAGCUACCCACUUUGGAUUUUGAAGAUGUUUUAAGAUAUGAUGAACAUGCAUACAAGUGGCUCUCCACCCUCAAGAAAGUAGGCAUAGUACGACUCACCGGAGCAUCUGACAAACCAGGAGAAGUUUCAAAACUUGGGAAAAGGAUGGGUUUCCUCUAUCUCACAUUUUAUGGACAUACUUGGCAAGUGCAAGACAAAAUCGAUGCAAACAAUGUGGCUUACACAACUGGGAAGCUAAGCUUUCACACUGAUUAUCCAGCCCUCCAUCAUCCACCUGGGGUUCAGCUUCUUCACUGCAUAAAGCAAACAGUCACAGGGGGUGAUUCAGAAAUUGUAGAUGGGUUUAAUGUGUGCCAAAAACUAAAGAAAAAUAAUCCUCAGGCAUUCCAGAUUUUGUCCUCUACCUUUGUGGACUUUACAGACAUUGGAGUGGAUUACUGUGAUUUUUCUGUACAAUCAAAACAUAAAAUUAUAGAGUUAGAUGAUAAAGGCCAAGUGGUUCGCAUCAACUUCAAUAACGCAACUAGGGACACAAUAUUUGAUGUGCCUGUUGAAAGAGUUCAGCCUUUUUAUGCUGCUCUGAAGGAGUUUGUUGAUCUCAUGAACAGCAAAGAAUCUAAGUUUACCUUCAAGAUGAAUCCAGGUGAUGUGAUUACUUUUGAUAACUGGCGCUUACUUCAUGGCCGACGUAGCUAUGAAGCAGGAACUGAGAUAUCCCGCCAUCUAGAAGGAGCUUAUGCUGACUGGGAUGUGGUCAUGUCAAGGCUUCGUAUCUUAAGGCAGAGGGUCGAGAAUGGAAACUGAAGUCUCCUGUAGAUAAUUUUAAUAAGAUUCCAAUGACUAUAUUUUGCGAGAUAUGGCACAUUAUUCACAGACCAUGAUCUUUGUCAUUUACAUAUAAUUUCCUUAACAAUGAACAUGUAACUUCUCUCACAAGAGUACUCUUUACUUUGUAAUCAUAUACAAUGUCAACUUUGUAGGUGUUUCACCACUCUUUUGCAAAUAAAGCAUCCUUUCUGCUCUGUUGCAUGCCUGCUCUGAUUUCUUUUGCCCAUAUAUGAGUAUCUCCAGAAUGUCUACAAAUAGUUUUUGUAGCAAAUGAAACAUUUCUUCAAAUAAGCCUUUCGUUUCAAAUAAAACUUGUCUCAAAACAUGCUUC